AUGUCACAGGUCAAUUCCAAGCCUGCUGACUAUCCGGUGCAAUUUUCCACCCCCUACAAAUGCAACGGUUGCAAUGUUGUGACAUAUCGUGCAGUACAUCCAGCUGUCAAGACGCCCGACCAAGGCAGCACUUCUAGCGGGCAAGACUCUUUCACCUACUUCAGCGACUACUUUGGCGAUCCCUACGACUACGAUGACAGCGAGUACAUAUCGCACGAUGACUACAGCGGGGAGUAUUUCUCCGAUACAGUCGUCCCCGCUUUAAAGACGCUCAUCUUAAGUCAACUCCCCGCCGCCACGGACUCUAGAUCCACGGCGCGAGUGUUGACGGACAACUUGUUCGUCGAGAAAGCCUCAGGCCUCACGGACGCUGAAGUGCGUCAGGCAGUAAAGACGUGGCUUAGUGUAGAGGACGACCCAGAGGUGUUGGAGGAAGAAAUAGCAAUGGAACUGCAGGCUGUAGACGAGCAACUGGCCGGCGUAACCCUCGAUGACGAUGUACCCAGCGAAGAGGAAGACGACGACGGAGGUCUUGACGAUUUGGCGUACCACUUGAGCUACCUCUAUGAUGAUACUUCGUACGCCUCUUCUUCCACUUCACCGUCCUUCACCGGUGGGUUCCACAAAGACACUAUUGGUGGCCACGGCACGUCGACGGCCGGUAGCGCGGCGGGGGCUAUUUCGUCCCAAUCCAGUCUCGAAGAAGAGGCUUGCUACGGCGACGAGCUUCCUGCGUGUGCCGGUGGCUGCAUAUCGGCUUCAGACGUCGAAGCCAUGCUCGACGAUAGCACUUUCGACCUCGACGUCUUCUGCCCCAUGUACACCUGCGACGGGAAUACCGAUAUUCCUUCCUCCGAAUGCCUCAGCGACGAUCCAGUUGAAAAUCUGCAUCAACACGGCGGUGCAGCCCCCGGGGCACAGAUCUCCGUGUUUGACGUUUCGUACGUAGGAACCGAAGUUUAUGCUUCAUGGGCGGGAAACGAUUUGUGGUACUCGGCGAUGGAGACGGGUGCGAAAAUCCACACCAACUCAUGGGGUGGAGCUACGCUUUGCCAACUCACCGAGAAGGAGUAUAUGUACGACAUGUUUAUGUAUGAGAAUCCCGAGCACCUGUUGAUCUUCUCUGCGGGAAACGACGGCGGGUAUGAAGACAUCCCCAACCGCGAGGCCUGCACAGUUGGAUCUCCUGCCCUCGGCAAGAACAGUCUAGCUGUGGGAGCCACGUCCUCUGGUCCCUUUCCAGGAACCCGAACCGGAGACGACGGGAACUUGUUUUACGAGGAGGUCGGCCUGACCGACUAUUCUCCCGAGGGAUACCCCUGGAUUUGCUUGAUGCCUUAUCUGGGGACGCCGUCCGCAUCGACGGAGCCAGCGGGGGUCGAUACUGUCGCGUAUUUCAGCUCCCAGGGUCCUACCCUAGAUGGGCGAAUCAAGCCUGACGUCGUUGCUCCCGGGGAUCAGGUGGCCUCCGCAUCAAGUGACGGGACCGAUGAGCACAGCUGCAAACUGGCGGGACCUCCGCUUCCUGCCCCCUGGUUGCCGGUGCCGCUGCCCUGGUAAUUUCACACAUGAAGCAAAGUGCAGAUAUGCGAGUUGGCUGCCGUUGGUGAUCGAUUGUACUGCAACGUGGUAGGAUAUUUACGCUUGCUGCCCCAUGUACCACUCUGCGUUUGACGUCCCACCUUCUGACCAAAUUGGUGUGCUGCCCUGGAGUCUCAACCUUUGAUUUCUGAUGUGUUGUUCGAUAGGUUCGGCAGUACUUCA